AAGAAAUCGGAUGCUUCCCAAAAAUUCUGCUAACUAUCAACAGUCUCUUCCUCCUUCCGAGGAAGAAAAACCAAAUGCAUUCUUGAUCAUCCUCCCAAAGAAGUACUCAUUCAUCAAUUCCAUCAAAUCCCAAUCCGCUUGGCUUGUCAUAGCCAUCCUAAUCCAAGCCUUGAUCAUCCUGUUCUUGAUCCGAGAUUCGAACCAGACCUUCCUUCCGAGUUUCAGGGUCAGAAAAACAUGCCCAAAUGGCAUGGUCUUCAUGUAUGAUCUACCUCCAGGAUUCAACAAAGCCCUCCUGGAGAAAUGCCAUGACUUGCACCCUUGGAAAUCCCGGUGCGCUGCGGUUUCCAAUGCCGGUUUUGGCCCGAAAGCCACUAACCUUAACGGAGUUGUACCGGCGCACCUCAUCCCGGCCUGGUACUGGACCGACUUGUACACUGGCGAGGUUAUUUAUCAUGCCAGGAUGUUGAAUUACAAGUGCCGAACGCGCAACCCUAACGAGGCUGCCGCAUUUUACGUGCCAUUUUACGCCGGCCUGGCGAUCGAAAAGUACUUAUGGUUAAACUACACUUGGAAAGACCGGGACCGGCCAUGCGAAAUGGUGUUGGAUUGGCUUCGAGAUCAGCCUUCCUGGAAAAAGCGUAACGGGGCGGAUCAUUUCCUCAUGUUGGGAAGAUUGACGUGGGCAUUCCGGAGGCUGGUGGAUAAAGAUUCCGAAUGGGGCUCGAGUUUUGUCAACAUGCCGUUGAUGAAACACGUCUUGAAGCUCACUGUUGAAAGAAAUCCAUGGGACGAGCUGGAGUUUAGCGUUCCGUGGCCGACUGGAUUCCACCCUAGAUCAAAAUUCGACAUCAUAGCCUGGCAGAGGUACAUUCGAGCUAGGAAACGUAACAGCAUGUUUACCUUUGUGGGCGCGACGCGGAAGAACAUCAAGAAUGACUUCAGAGGUUUACUAAUGGAUUAUUGCAAGAGCCAUCAAUCUGGAUCAAGGCCAUGUAAACUGGUGGAUUGCUCAGUGACAGAAUGCCUGGAUGGGGCGCCGGCGAUUUUGGAAGCAUUCCUGGAUUCAGAUUUUUGUUUGCAGCCAAGAGGGGAUGGUUACACUAGGAGAUCAGUCAUUGAUUGUAUGGUGGCGGGUUCAAUUCCGGUGUUCUUUUGGGAGAAAAGCUUCAAGGGUCAGUAUGAGUGGCAUUUGCCUCUAAAUGCUGAGAGUUAUUCAGUGUUUAUAGAGCAUAAGAAUGUGAGUGAGGGUAGGGUUUCCAUUAAGGAUAAGCUUGAGAGCUUUAGUGAAGUAGAAAUUAGGAAAAUGAGGGAAACUGUCAUUGAUCUUCUCCCAAAGAUUGUGUAUGCAGAUUCAUCAUCAAAUAGUCAUGAGGAGGAUUUUGGGAAUGUGAAAGAUGCUUUUGAUAUCACCCUCGAAAGUGUUUUGAGGAAAGUAUCGGACUUGGAACUCGCAAAGAGAAAUCUUCUUUGAAAGAAGCAAUAUAACCAAUUAAUAUAAACAUGAUUGAGAUCGUACCAAGUUGCUUGAUUCUUCAAAUUUUUCACUGCUGAACGAUGUCAUUAAAUGAAUGAUAGGUAUAGCCAAAUCCUGAUGAUUCUGUGGAUGUUUUAUAAGCAAUUCAAUGGCC